AUGGCAUCUUCCAACAUUAAACAUGUUACAGUAAUAGGUGGCGGUGUGAUGGGUUCGGGAAUUGCGAUGAUAACCGCCGCCAACGGAUACCGGGUGACCGUUGUGGAUGUAAAUGAGGACGCAAUUGGGCGAGCGAAACGUCAGGUGGAAAAGGAUAUGCGCAGGAUGGCACAACAUGUAAGCAAGGGUAACGAACAGGCGGAGAACAAAUUUUACACCGAAGCCGCUGCCCGUAUGACGUACAGCGUGAAUUUGAAGGAAGUGGCCAUCGCAACGGAUCUGGUCAUCGAAGCGAUCGUGGAAAAUCUCGAAAAAAAGCAAUCACUGUUCAAAAUACUCGAUCAAGUUGUUCCACCACAUACGAUUCUCGCCAGCAACACUUCGUCGUUGUCGAUCGCGGAGAUAGGUUUGGGCGCGGCAAGAAAAGAUCGCAUCGGAGGAUUGCACUUUUUCAACCCCGUACCAUUGAUGAAACUGAUCGAGGUGAUCCGAACGGACAACACAUCCGACACCACGCACGAUGCGCUGGUGGCGUUUGGGAAAAGUCUUCGCAAAACGUGCAUUACCUGCCGGGAUAUGCCAGGGUUUGUCGUGAACCGUUUGCUGUUUCCGGUAAUACACGAGGCACUGGGGAUGGUGGAACGGAAGGAUGCGACGGCUCACGAUAUUGAUGUAGCGAUGAAGCUUGGCCUCGGGCACCCGAUGGGUCCGUUCGAGCUGAUGGACAUUGUCGGUUUGGAUACGGUAUGCGCUAUUCAACGGGAGCGUUACGCACGCAAUCCGACCGAUGUGGCCGCCAAACCAAGCGAACUGCUCCAGCAGAUGGUGCGUGAUAAUAAGCUGGGUGUAAAAACGGGAGAAGGAUUUUAUAGCUAUAAAUAA